AUGUAUCGGUACGUCCUUCUGUUAGCCUUGGCGCAACACGCUAUUGCAAAUUCACUCAAAGCUCAGCCACCUCAAGAAGUCAGCGCGGACACCGGAUGUUGCUCCUGCCAGUUUGAAGACACACGAUAUAUGGAACGUGUUUGCGGGGGAACAACUCCUUUCAUGACGCUGAUUCAAAAUGUCAUAUCUUCCAGAUGCGACAUCGCCGAUCCCUGUCGGCGAAUGGGCAGAGACGAAGCACCAAGCGAAAACGAGUGGUACGACUUCGUAGUCGUGGGUGCCGGUACGGCGGGAUCAAUAGUAGCGAGGAGAUUGAGCGAUAACCCCUGGCGAAAGGUUCUACUUAUCGAGGCCGGCCCGGAAGAACCCACGAUGACAGCUGUACCAGGGUUCACGUUCAACGCUGUCAAUACAUCUCUCGACUGGAAUUUCAAGACGGAACCAACAUCACCGCAUCCUACCGCUUGUUUGGAGACGGGAGGCGUGUGCACUUGGCCGAGGGGCAAGAUGAUUGCUGGAACCGGCGGUUUUCACGGGAUGAUGUAUGCUCGGGGUCAUCCUCGCAUCUACAACAAUUGGGAGAGCGCGGGCAAUCCUGGCUGGUCCUACGACAAAGUCAUUCCCUACUUCGAGCGGAUGGAGAAUCCGGCCGACCAAACGAUAGUGUCGGAUAAGUCGAGAACCUUGAAGGAACCCGGCCCGAUGCGCAUUCAGUAUUAUCCGCACAAGCCGGAGUUCGUGGACGUGUUGCUGAACGCCGCCAGCGAGCUCGGCUACACGAUCUCGCAACUGAAGGAAUACAGGCAGACCGGCUUCAUGAUCGCGCCGAUGACGGUCGAGAACAGUAUGCGCAGUACAACCUCGAGGGCAUAUCUCAGGCCCGUUCACAAACGCAGGAACUUGCGGGUGCUGAUGAAUGCUCAGGUAACCAGGAUCCUGAUCAGCGAUUGGGAAAAGAGGGCCUACGGCGUUGAGCUGGUGGACAAGAACGGUCGCAAGAGGAUGAUCAAAUGCGGUAAGGAGGUGAUUUUGUCGGCCGGGUCCAUCGGCUCGCCGCACAUCCUCAUGAAUUCCGGCGUGGGCCCCGAGAAAGAGCUCACCAAGCUCGGCAUCAGGGUGUACCAGGAUCUGCCGGUCGGCAAGAAUCUGCACAAUCAUGUGUCGGUGGCGGUCCCCAUGAGCAUCAGGGACAUCCCGUACGAGGCCGUAACGAUGGACGCGGUGAACGAGUAUCUAGAGAAAAAGACAGGCCCGUUGGCCAGUAGCGGCAUCACGCAGGUCACCGCUUUCCUCGAGAGCAGCUAUGCGAUUAACGGCAUGCCGGACAUUCAGGUCUUCUUCGACGGCUUCAGCUCCACCUGUCCUCACACCGGCCUGCGCAACGAGUGUCCCAACGGCAAAACCACCGAUUGCCCUACUAGGAGGAGCAUCGGGGUGAGGCCCACAGUGCUCUGCGCAGAGAGUCGAGGUGACUUGAAACUCCGCUCGUCCAACCCCAUGGACCCGCCGCUCAUCUAUCCGAAUUACUUUACGAACGAGAAGGAUCUGUUCGUCCUGCUCGAAGGUAUCAAGAAAGUCACGAAGCUUGUCGACACGUCCGCUAUGAGAAAGUGGGACCUCCGUUUGGAACAAGUGGGAAGUCCGUUGUGUAACGACUAUCACUUCGGCACCGACGCCUUCUGGAUGUGCCAAAUGCGGGCACAGACCGGACCGGAAAACCAUCAAUCUGGAACGUGCAAGAUGGGAUCGAGUACCGACCCAACCGCGGUGGUGGACUCGGAACUUCGAGUACACGGUAUACCGAACAUUCGCGUCGCCGACGCUUCUAUCUUCCCCACCGUGCCAAACUCGAAUCCGAUCGCUGCUAUCAUGAUGGUGGGUGAGAAGGCGGCUGAUAUGAUUGACAACAAUUGGCCGAUGCAAUCUUGA